AUGAAUAACAACCAAGGACCGUCGACACCAUCUGCCACCCCAAGACAUUUUUUCACGAGCACACCGGUCACCGUGAGUUUUCAUAACUAAAUGAAUGAUUUUCGAAUAAAAGCAUUCCGAUUUUCCAGAAAACACGUGCCAAAUUUCAAGUAUUCAAUGUGAGCUCUGACGAUUCAAUUUUGGAGAUUCCCGUCAUCCCCAAAUCGCCGAAGACACCAGCAAGAGUUUUGGCGCCAAGGAUGACUAAUUUGCCGCCGAGACCCAUGGAACCGAGGUUCCACCCGACUAUGCCGAGAACUCCCCGAUGUGCAAGACCCACAAUUGCAUGGCUUGCCAAAUCGAAAGUAAGCGUUUUUUUCAAAAUUGGGUAGAAAAUUUCUCAACAUUUCGCUUUCUCUCUUCACAUAUAAAUGUUGGCGAAAAUUACUCUUUCCAAGAAAAAACAUUGAUUUCAGAAGCCGAAGGAGAUCCAAAAAAUGAUUUAUGGCGCAAACAGACCAACAACAAACUAA